AUGGCUCCGACCGCGAUCGUCACGGCGCCGGACGCCGGCCCCGGCAGCGCCGCUGUCGCCGCCGCCGACGACAUGGCGAACCCAUCGCUCGUUGUGACCAAGGACGGCCGCAUCAAGAUGGAAGAUGCGCCCAUGGUGGACCCCAGGCCGGACGAGGUGCUUCUGCACGUGCGCGCGACGGGCAUCUGCGGCUCCGACAUACACUUUUGGCACCACGGUCGCAUCGGCGACAUCACCGUCGAGGGUGACUGCAUCCUCGGCCACGAGGGCGCCGCUGAGGUGGUGGCUGUGGGAGCAAACGUCUCGCACUUGAAAGCAGGCGACCGCGUAGCCAUCGAGCCCGGCGUCUCCUGCGGCAAAUGCUUCCUCUGCGUCGACGGCCGCUACAACCUCUGCCAGGACGUGGCCUUCGCCGGCGUCUUCCCGCACCCUGGCACGGCGCGACGCUUCAAGACGCACCCGGCGAGCCACGCCCACCGCCUGCCCCGGGGCGUGAGCUACCAGACGGCCGCGCUGGUCGAGCCGCUGUCCGUGGCCAUGCACGCGCUGCGCACCAGCCCCGUCACACUCGGCGCGCCGGCCGCCGUCUUCGGCGCGGGGCCUAUCGGCCUGCUGACCAUGGCCGUGGCGCGGGCCUCGGGCGCGCAUCCCAUCGUCAUCACGGAUCUCGAUGAGGGCAGGCUGGCUUUUGCGCGGCGGUUCGAGCCGCGGUGCCUAACGUACCGCAUAGAGAAGGGGGACUCGCCGGAGCAGUCGGCGAGGAAAAUACGGCGGCUGUUUGCGGCCGCGGCCAGGGAGGGGAGUGAGUGUGAGAGCCAUGGUGAGGAUCAAGGUGAGGAUGAAGCAGUGGAUGAGUAUCCCAUGCCGCAGGUGGUGCUCGAGUGCACGGGCGUCGAAUCGAGCAUCGCGACGGCGGGCUACACUGCGCGCCGCGGCGGCACCGUCAACGUGGUGGGCGUGUCGCCGCGCAUCACCAUCGACAACGUGCCCUUUAUGCACAUGUCGCUCGCCGAGAUCAAGCUGCUAUUCAUCAACCGCUACCACGACACGUGGCCCGCCGCCAUUCGCGCCAUCGAGGGCGGUCUGAUAGACGCCGAAAAGCUCGACAUGAUGGUGACGCACCGCUUCAGGCUGGAGGAGGCCGUGGAGGCGAUGACGCUGGUGGGCGGCAAGACGAGGCCUGCUGGAGGGGACCCUGUGAUCAAGGUGCAGAUUGUGGAUGAUAAAACGUCACCGCUGGGCGGUUAAUCUGUAAUCAUCAAACGG